CGUCAACUCCGUAAAAAGCUCCAAGGAAUAUUUACCUUCCCAAUUUAGAUUUAUUUUGAACAUUUUGUGCUAUGUUCAAUCUGUUUUUGUAAUUUAAUAUAAUUCUCUUAUUUUUCAUGCCUUAGUGAUGGAAGGACAUAAGGUCAAUUGGAAUACUAAUGUGCCAUAUGAAGAUCUAGUUAAACAAUGCCCCUUUUUAUCUCAAAGAGCUUCUCUGCCCCUUGAAAAGAAAUUCAGUGACGAUCUUAAGAUACCUGAAGUUCAUAUUAGUAAAUCUAAAAAGAAAAGAUUAAAAAAAAAACUGAAAGCUAUUUCUUCAAAUCACACAGACUCCAGUUGCAAAAAUAUUGAUCCAGGUGUUGAGGCUGAAGAAGGAGAAAUGUCUUUAAAUCCUAAGGCCGUAUCUGUUGCUGACAUAAAACCAGAAAAGUCUAAAAGAGUUAGUGAUGUGGUUGAUGGUGAAAUUUCUUUGUCUCGACCCAAAGUUAGUGGAGAACAUUUUAAUGUAGAAAAAGAAACUAAGAAAAAAAAUAAACAACAGAAAAAGGAUGAUGUUAAGAGUGAUAAUAUUUUAGUAACAAAACAAGGAAAAUCAGUAAUCCUAAAAAAUAUAUUACCAGGAAGCAAUGUAGGACAAAAGGAAUCAGGGGAUAAUUCCGUGAUUGAAGGUUUGGUUGCUGUCCCUCUUUCAAAAAAAAAUGAUUCUAAUGUUUCAAAAGACUCUCAACCUAUACUUCAAAUUAAAGAAAAUGAAAAGUCAAGGGAUGAAAUUAUUGCUCAACGUGAAGCAAAAAAGAAGUCAAAACAACUAAAGAAACAAAAAGAACUAGAUGUUGUUAGUCACGAAACAGUUGAUAAACAAUCUCAACAAGCAGAUAAUGACAGGGCUACAAAUGUUUUUCAACAUUCAAAAAAUCAUGAUGUUUCUUCUUCUGCAUCAUCAAAUAAGGAGAUUAGUGUCCCUGACAAAUCCAGAGAAGAAGUUAAAGCUGAAAGAGAAGCUAAGAAAAAAGCGAAACAGUUAGCUAAACAAAAAAAGGUUGACAAGAGUGAAGAUAUUGUGUCUGAUAAUACAGUGGUUGACCCUAAACAACUUGAUUCUGAAAGUAUACCUCCUUUACCAGAAACCAAAUGUGAAAUUAAUAGUAUUCAAACAGGUAUGAAAAAUGACAGCAAGACUAGUGAUGUUAAAGUAGAAGGUGAAAAGAGCAAAUCUCAACUCCGUGCAGAAAGGCGUGCCUUACAGGAGGCUCAGAGAGCUGCAAAAGAAACAGAAAAGAAACAAAAAAUAAUUGUUUCUGAAAACAAAGAAAAUCAAGUUAUUAAUGUUGCUGAAAAACCUGUUUUAAUUAAAGAGAUUUCAAGAGAACCUAAAACUUCGUCGAAGGGUAAAAUUGUUUCUCAGCAGCGAAUAAAACUUUUUAGCCAUUUACAUCUUGGGCAGAAACCUUCACAGGCUCAACUGAACCCGAGUAUACAUCCAUCAGUGGUUGAGCUCGGGAUUAAGUAUUCUUCCCGAAUCAUUAGUGGAUCAAAUGCAAGGUGUGUUGCUCUUUUGAACUGCUUAAAGGAGGUCAUUAAUGAUUAUAGUACACCAGCAGAAAAAGAAUUUUCUCGUGGCUUGGAAUCAAAAUUAGGUGAACUUACUAAUUACCUUAAUCAAUAUCGACCUUUUGCAGUCUCUAUGACAAAUGCUUUGAGGCAUAUUAAGUCUCAUCUUACUCAGCUUCCAAACAACGUUUCAGAUGAUGAGGCAAAAAGAAAGCUGUUUGAUGUUAUUGAUACAUUUAUCAGAGAACAAAUCGAUGUUGCUGGGGAAGCAAUAUGUGAAUCUGUGAAAAAUAAAAUAACAAAUGGAGAUGUAAUUCUAAUUUAUUCAUGUUCUUCUCUUCUUUAUCGAAUUCUUGCUGAAAGCCACCGAAGUGGACGUGAAUUCAGUAUUAUUGUUGUUGAUGGCGGGCCGUGGUUUGAAGGAAAAGAGAUGCUUCGAAGAUUAGUUGAAGCUGGCCUCAAAUGUUCUUACGUUCAAAUUUCAGCUCUAAGUUUCAUAGUGAGACAGGCUACUAAAGUGCUGAUUGGUGCCCAUGCCUUACUUGCCAACGGUUGCGUAAUGUCCCGGGCUGGCUCAGCCCUCGUAGCCUUGGCUGCUCAUGCUUACAGUGUUCCUGUUCUUGUGUGCUGUGAAACCUACAAAUUUUGCGAGAGGGUACAGACUGAUGCGUUUGUAUAUAAUGAGUUAGGGAGCCCUGAUGAUCUUGCAAAGGAAGACACACGGCUGAGUGAUUGGAAUUCACUUACAUUUCUCACCCCUCUGAGCAUCGUUUAUGACAUAACGCCUCCUGACCUGGUGACAGCUGUGGUCACAGAAAUCGCCAUACUCCCAUGCACAAGUGUACCAGUCAUAUUGAGAGUCAAACCUUCAGACUUAGUAUCUUAAAUGUUUAUACUAGCUCGUCACUUUUUAUGUUCAUUGAUUUUGUUACAAUAUCUGAUAUCUUUUUGUUUCUUAUUUAAAAUUUUAAUUUGUUUAUUUUCUGUUUAUUAAUAUAUGUGUAUAUAUUUAUGUAAUUAAACAAUGUUUAUAUUUUAUUUUGUUUUUAGCAAAUUAAAUUUGUUGGCGGUUCAAUAAAUUUUUAAUAUAA